CCGUGAAUUCAAUCUCCAAAAAAAAUCAGAGUCCCUCUCCUCCUCUCCUCCAAUGGGCAUUGAUAAUUAACCGAUAAUGUUCAAGAUUUCAUUAACUUCCCUGGUACUCUGUUUUGUCUUUGACUUGGUCGGAAUCAUCGCCACGAUUGAGUUCGAUUUUGGCACUUUGACUCUCAGCAACUUGAAGCUCUUGGGUGAUGCCCACUUGAAUAAUCGCAGCGUUAGACUCACUGGGGAUUUUCCUGUCCCCAAUUCCGGCUCUGGCAGGGUGCUCUACUCGAAACCAGUCAGAUUCAGGCUGCCAGGGUCUCACUCCUCUUGUAGCUUCAACACUUUCUUUUCCUUCUAUGUGACGAACCUGAAUCCCUCCUCCAUCGGUGGUGGGCUCGCCUUUGUUAUCGCACCAGAUGGAGAAUCAGUUGGCGCAGCAGGUGGAUCCCUCGGGCUCCUCGACGACAAUGGACUCUCAAACGGAUUUGUGGCGGUGGAGUUUGACACCCUGAUGGACGUGCCGUUCGAAGACAUUAACGGAAAUCAUGUGGGUUUGGAUCUUAACAGUGUCGUUUCCUCCCAAGUUCUUGAUUUGGGUACUUUAGAUAUCGAUCUCAAGAGUGGAAAUCUCGUAAAUUCCUGGAUCGAGUACGAUAGUUCUUCUCAGGUCUUCAAUAUUUCAGUAUCGUAUUCCAAUUUGAAGCCAAAAGAGUCAAUGCUAUCUUUCAGUCUCGAUCUGGGUCAGUACGUAAACGAUUUUAUGUAUGUGGGAUUCUCUGGUUCGACUCAGGGGAGCACCGAGAUUCACAGUAUCGAGUGGUGGAGUUUUAGUUCUGCUUUCGAGUCGAAUUCAGGUUCCGGUUCAACAGCGCCGCCUUCACAAACGGCUAGCUCGAUGAACACAACAGCUAAUUCAGCGAAAGCGCCGCCGUCUUCAUUGGCUCCGUCGAAUUCUAAUUCUAUCUCCAGUUCUCAACAGAAGGGCAGUAAGUCAUCUUCUUGUCAUAACCAGCUCUGUAAGCAGGGUGCAGGGACGGUUGCAGGGGUGGUAACUGCAGGGGCGUUUCUCCUAGCCAUAUUCGCCGGUGUUCUCAUAUGGGUGUACUCUAAAAAGGUCAAACAUGUGAAAAAUUCUGAAUCUCUCGCAUCGGAGAUUAUCAAAACGCCGAAGGAAUUUAGCUACAAGGAACUGCGAACGGCAACGAAAUGCUUCAAUGGCAAUAGAAUCAUCGGCAAUGGUGCAUUCGGGACUGUUUAUAAGGGUAUAUUGCCGGAAAACGGCGACAUUGUAGCCGUGAAAAGAUGCAGUCACAGUACUCAGGGCCUGAAUGAGUUUUUAUCGGAAUUAUCAAUAAUUGGGACUCUCCGCCAUCGGAAUCUCGUUAGGUUGCAAGGAUGGUGCCAUGAGAAAGGGGAAAUUUUGUUAGUAUACGAUCUAAUGCCAAAUGGGAGUCUUGACAAAGCAUUAUUCGAAGCCAGAGCACUGUUACCGUGGCCCCAUCGCCGGAAAAUCCUGUUGGGAGUUGCCUCUGCCCUGACCUACUUGCAUCAAGAAUGUGAAAAUCAGGUCAUCCACAGAGACAUUAAGACCAGCAACAUUAUGUUAGAUGAAGGGUUCAACGCCCGGUUAGGAGAUUUUGGUUUGGCAAGGCAAGUUGAGCACGAUAAGUCACCGGAUGCCACGGUGGCUGCUGGAACAAUGGGCUAUUUGGCUCCGGAGUACCUCCUCACUGGACGAGCCUCCGACAAAACAGACGUGUUUAGCUAUGGAGCCAUGGUUCUAGAGGUGGCUAGCGGAAGGAGACCAAUUGAGAAAGAUGUAAGUCAAGCAGGGAAAGUUGGGGUGAACAGCAAUUUGGUGGAAUGGGUGUGGAAUUUGCACCGAGAAGGAAGGCUACUAACGGCGGCGGAUCCUAGACUUGAGGGUCAAUUCGACGAGGCUGAGAUGAGGAAGGUGCUGACGGUUGGACUGGCUUGCUCGCACCCUGACCCAAUGGCGCGACCCACAAUGAGGGGUGUGGUCCAAAUGCUGGUGGGUGAAGCUGAGGUCCCAAUCGUUCCAAGAACCAAGCCUUCAAUGAGCUUCAACACAUCCCACUUGCUCUUGAGCCUGCAGGACAGUGUGUCGGAUUGCAAUGGCAUGAUCACCCUCUCCACCUCAUCAUCAUCGGAAAAUAGCGACAUUGGCCCUAAUCUAGUCUGAUAAAAUCGGACCGUCUCAAUGCCGGCCAAUCAGAUCCGCUCCCACUCUCCUUAUUUAUUGACUUUUUAUAUAUAUCAUUGAUUUGUUUAUGUAUAUGCGUAACACAAUAACAUAUUGCUUUAGGCAACAUCUUUGAGUUAAUUAUCACUAUCAAUUAGAAGGAUAAAGAGUUUGUUGGGAGACAUGGGAAAAUUUGGUGGGAGCGUCAUUUUCUUGUGGUCGCGUUGGAUGGGACUCCGUUCGUGCAAAGGUGGGUGGUUGCUUUCACAAGCAAACUCUAUUUGUCAAAAAUCAUACACAAGAGGUAGAGUAGAGGCUUGGUAAAGCAUAGGAGAAGAACAGCUGCAUUUAUUACUUUAACUAUCUUUUGGAGACUUCCUUGAAGUUCUUCAAUGGACGUGGUUAGUUAGGUACCUUAGGGUGAUAAAUCAAUAAGAGGACUCAAUUAUCAUCAAUGAGUUAGAGUAGUACUUAAUCAUGCUAAGAUACAUUGACUUCCUACAUUUUAGUUAAAGUGUCUUCGAACUAGUUUAUUUUAUUGUUAUUAAUUGAAAUUAAUAUUUUGUUAUUUU